AUGAAUAUGUAUCCGAAUGCACGUACCGAUGCAUUCAUUGGGAUCCAUGUGGGUCCUCUCCAAAAGCUUUCCAAUGGUGUUAGUGAACUUACUGGUGGUCGUGCAUGGGAAAGCAGAAAAGACACCAGCAGCAUCCAGUUCCAACAAUUCGACAUUGUCACCGGCCAUUCAGAUCAUUACUAUAGUAGCUCUAAGCAGUCCCGUAAGGAAAAAGAUGCCUUCAUCAAUCCAGACAAUGCUGUCCACAAGAAGAUCAUGAAAGAGUGGAAAAUUCUCGAGAAAGGUCUCCCCGAAACCAUUUAUGUACGAGUCUACGAGGACCGGAUUAACCUGCUCCGAGCAGUGAUAGUUGGUCCCUCUGGGACUCCCUACCACGACGGCCUCUUCUUCUUCGACAUUGUCUUCCCUUCCAACUACCCACACUCUCCUCCAAAAGUACAUUAUCACGCACAUGGCCUGAGGGUGAACCCGAACCUCUACGAAACGGGGUUCGUGUGCUUGAGCCUCAUCAACACUUGGAAUGGCAAUGCGAAAGAAAGGUGGGACAGUUCUGCAUCCACAAUUCUUCAGGUUUUGGUUUCCAUUCAAGGGCUUGUGCUUAAUGAGGAACCCUACUUCAAUGAGCCUGUCAAUGCAGAUUGCAAAAACAAAGAUGUCAAAAACCAGAUUGCAAAGUCUUUGGCUUAUAAGGAAAAUGUGUUCAUUCUAUCUUGCAAGACAAUGCUUUACACAUUGCAAAAGCCGCCCAAGCACUUCAGGGUUUUCAUCAACGAACAUUUUGGCCGGUGUAGGGAUGCCAUUUUGGGAGCUAUUCAAGCCUACAGAGAUGGUGUUGUGAGGGUUGGUCACUACCAACAUGAUGAUGAUGAUGAUGGGUGCUCUAGUUCAUCUUCUAGGGUUCGCGUAACGAGUCAUUUUGAGACUAAUGCGAACAAGCUCUACUCGGAACUCAGGCAGGCCUUCGACAAGAAACUUGGAAUGGCAGAUGAGAAUAUUAAUAUUGUGGAGAAGGAAACUUCGAAUGCUUCAAAGAAGCCUAAGUUAGAGGAAGAGCUGAAACAUGGGACUUUUCACAAGGUCAUUGGCGUAUUGAAGAGCUUUUGGAAUUAG